UUCUUGGCCGCAAGGGUGUAAAUACAGAGUGUGCCCACUAGAGGGGGCGCUUCUCACUCGAGUUCCACAGGUGGUGAGGAAACGAUGUACGGUAGCACAGAAAGAUCCCCAUCUAUUCCCAGAAGUGUCUGUCACACCUCAGCCAUCUGGAAUCCCUAACCUCCAGGAAAGGGUGGAGGAGGGAGCAUCUGGGUAUUAAUAGAACAGAAAGGGAAUUACUGGAGGAACUCUUUGGCUUCGUGCAGGGGAUUGUAAAUUCAGCCCAGAGAGCUGUCACUCACCUCUACAGUGCCCUGCCCCACAAGCAGCACUUUCUCCGACACCGACAACUCGGCAUUCCCACUACAGAACCUGAAAGCGUGGUUUGGUGCUGAGAAUGGCCCACAGUCCCGCUGAUGUCAGCCCAGUCGAGCCUGGGUUCGGCACCCCGAUCCCAGACAGCGUCUACACUGACCGCCUGGGCUUCUUCUCCAUGGAUGCCAACGUCCCAGGCCUGUCUCGGGUCAUCCUGAACAAGCUCAACAUGAGAGGCUUUGAGGACUACAGGGCCGCGCUGGAGGGCAAGCCCCUGGGGGCCAGUUUCGGAUUCCGCUCCCACAGGGAGAUGUUCCAGAGGAUGGAGGACACGUUCAAGUUCUGCGCGGCCUGCAGGAAGCUGCCGGCCCACCUGACGGCGGCCCAGGCUCUGAGGCGCUGCAAGAGUGCCAUCCUGGCCUGUCGCCACAUGGGGCUCCUGUGGGACAACGCGGGCAAGCCGCGACCUGGGGACGCGGAGCUGCGGGAGUCGGUGAAGAGGGUGGCCAGCGAGUUUCUGUCCCGACCGCUCGCCCUGGGCCUGGGGCUGCGGCUGUUCGGGCUGGACCCCGGUUCCGGGGCGCUGACCGUGCACCUGGUGGGGGCCUCCCACAGCGAGACCCUGGGGGCCCGGACGACAGACUUGGACGAGCUGAGCCGCAUGUUCCCCGGGCACCAGGGGCUGGAGGUGGUGAUGGUGGGGCCCGAGGUGGUGGACGGACCCGUGCUGAGGCCUCCCCUGCAGGCUCUCGGGCCCCGGGGGAAGGUCUACAUCAGCGCCUACAAGGGCCUCUACCACCAGUUCUGGGAAGAACUUGUGGAGCAGAAGGAGGCCGCGAAGCCCGAUUUGGUUGUCGGCUUCCACCCAGGUUUCCACGCCACACAGGGCCUGACUGAAGGAUGGCUCCCCACCCUCCUCCUCCUCCGAGACUACAAGAUCCCCUCCCUCUUCACUAUGUACAACGAGCAGGAGCUGAAGUAUUCUCUCCAGAUACUGACUGAGCUGGAGGUGCAGAUUGUAAAAUGCGGCGUCAACCCCUUCGCGUCCCUGAAGCCUGAGCAAGUGCAGUCCAGCCCGAACAAGCCCCCCGUCUACUGCAACUCUCACUACAUCAGCUUCCACGGGCCGCUGGAAGGAUUUGAAAUCCAGCAGGAAGAGGAAGGAUAAACUAGAAUGUAGACUUUUCUUUUUACUUGCUUGGAGUCUAACAUUUUGUCGCACAUAUACUAUAUAUAGUUCCAAAUAGGGCUUAUGAAAAUAAAGAAUACAGUGGAUUAGUCGAUAAUUAAAACAAGUAAUCAUAA